AGAAAGCAUUUCAAAGCUCAAGGCGUCAUUGCCCCUUUCCCUUUGAUCAUGUCCAGUAAUUAUCCUUCUGUUCAAUUAGGCCGCGGUUACGGUUAUCAACCGCCGCAGCAACAGCAACCCCAACCCCAACACCAGUCACCUACCCCAGCUCCUCAGCCCUACCCUCCACAAGCACCUGCUCAGCCCUAUCCUCCACAGGCACCUGCUCAGCCCUACCCUCCACAGGCAACCAAUCAGCCCUGUGCUUCACCGGCACCUGUUCAGCCCUAUCCUCCACCGGCACCUUGUCAAGAUCAGCCCUACGGUGCACCACAGGAAAAUCCCCACUGUCCUGCACCUCCACACGGCGAUAACUCACAGCAAGCUCCUUAUGGAAGCCCGUUCGGCUCACUAGCACCCUCCGGUUUUCCUCCAGGGACGGAUCCACACAUUAUAUCGUCCUUUCAACUCGGUGAUCACGACGGCAGCGGGUUUAUCGAAGACAAGGAGUUGCAGAGAGUGCUCGCUAGUUAUAGUCAGAAAUUCAGCUUGAGGACCAUUCAUCUUGUCCUGUUUCAUUUCACCAAUAGCAACUGCAGGAAGAUCGGCCCGAAAGAAUUCACUUUAGUGUUCAAGAGUCUUCAGAACUGGAGGGGCAUUUUCGAGAACUUUGAUAGGGAUAGGAGUGGCAUGAUUGAUUCUAAUGAGCUGAGAGAGGCACUAUGUAGUUUGGGAUUUGCCGUCUCCCCAGCCGUUUUGGAUUUGCUGGUCUCUAAGUUUGAUAAAUCUGGAGGCAAAAGCAAGGCCAUUGAAUAUGAAAACUUCAUUGAGUGCUGUCUUAUUGUCAAGGGUCUGACUGAGAAAUUCAAAGAAAAGGACUGCUCAUACUCUGGUUCGGCAACUUUCACUUACGAGGCUUUCAUGUUAACUGUUCUGCCAUUCCUCAUAAUAUGAAAGCUCAAAGUCUUUGAAGGGAUUUGGAUUGUGAACUUGGAAGUUCUCAUGGCUUUCUUUUAUCUUGGGUGUUUUUGGUUAGUAAUCUCUUGGUUACUGCUUUUGUUAUAAAUAAGGCAGCGUCUGGUUUUGUUCUUAAAGCUGUCUGCAAGAAGUAUGCACAUGUAUUCCUUUGUUGUACUGCAUUUCGCAUAAAAUAAGUAUGUUUUUCCAUGGUGAUCAUGCGGAAUUUUCUAUAUAUGAAGAGUUUGAUGUCCUUUUGCUUUGUGGCA